GACAGCAGCCGGCCCUCGACCACUCGACGGCCGGCGGAGCCAGCUUCACGCGCGUAAAGUUCGCGUUCCUACGGACGAGCGCCGAGCGCACGGGCACGGGGCACGGGGCGCACGAGCGAGGGGAGUCACAGAGUCACACGCGAGACGGCGAGAGGCGGACGUAGGUACGGACGGUCGAUCGGUCGGACGACACGAACGGACGGUGGCUGCACACGAAGGUGGUGCAGUAGCAACGAGCAUAGAAACGAGCGCGGCCUACGAACGAUUCUCCCUGCGUAUCUGAUGAGCUCCUCCGCCGCGCCGCUGCUGGUGGUAAGAUGGCUGUGCAGCUGGACGGAGGAGGGAAGGAGGACCUGAAAACACAGUUUGUCACGCGGGAGGGAACCUAUAAACUGAUGACCCUGUCGGAGUACUCGAGACCGAACCGGGUCGGCUACACCAAUAGCCAGGGCAGCGCGUCUGUCAGGGUUUCCUUCGUUACGUUGCCGGACCCAGCGGAUCCCACGGGCGCGCAGGGUCUCGGCGAUCGGAUGUGCUUCAACUUCGGCAAGGAGCUCUACGUUUACGUCUACCGCGGUGUCAAGAAGGCUGUGGACUUGAACAAACCAGUGGAUAAAAAAUUAUACAAAGGGACUAAUCCAACUUGCCACAAUUUUAAUCAAACAACAGCAACAGCUGAUAGUGCUCCAUUAUUGGUGGGAUUUUCUACAGGGCAGAUACAGUUGAUUGAUCCGAUAAAGAAGGAACUCAGCAAAUUAUACAAUGAAGAUAGGCUGAUAGACAAGAGCAAAGUGACAUGCAUAAAGUGGGUUCCUGGCUCGAACAACCUAUUUCUGGUUUCUCACAGUUCUGGUCAACUGUAUCUUUAUAACGAAGAGCUGCUCUGUGGCACCACAGCGCCUCACUAUCAGUCAUUCAAGUCAGGUGAUGGAUACGCCAUAUAUACCUGCAAGACUAAAUCCACGAGAAAUCCGCUGUAUCGAUGGGUGAUAGGCGCGGAAGGUUGUUGUAUAAACGAGUUCGCCUUCAGCCCUUGUGGCACAAAUCUGGCCGUGGUAUCUCAGGAUGGAUUUUUACGCGUUUUUCAAUACAACACCAUGGAGUUGGUUGGUUCGGCAAGGAGCUAUUUUGGUGGCUUUCUGUGCGUGUGUUGGUCACCGGACGGACGUUAUGUGGUGGUCGGCGGCGAGGACGAUUUGGUGACCAUUUGGAGCUUCCACGAGAAACGCGUCGUGGCACGGGGACAAGGCCAUCACAGUUGGGUGAGCGUGGUCGCCUUUGAUCCGUAUACCACGUCCUACGGCGAUCACGAUCCUGACUUUAGCGGCUCGGAUGACGAGACAACGAUGCCACACAGCAAUCACAAUCACUUCCAUGAGAAGUCGCACCGUCUUUCUACGACCUCGCAGGGCGGCGGUGGCGGCCACUCGAACCGUAACUCCUGUGGCUCGGAAUUGAGAAUGUCGGGGGGUACGUGCUACAGAUUGGGCAGUGUAUCCCAAGACACUCAGCUGUGUCUGUGGGACAUCACGGAAGACGUAUUGAGGCAACCUGUGUGCGCCAAGCAGAGAUCCUCUGUAACGGGUGCUACCAGCGGAACCCUGUCGUCUUCGGGUACGUUUAAUAGUGGUAACGGAACGGCAGCGACGGCGAAUCAUCACUCGAACUCGAAUACUAAACAUAAUAACUCGAAUAAUGUAAACUUCAAAGAGAACGCGAGUGGUAAUAACGAAAAUAGUAAUAAUAGUACGAGCACGAACGCCGCAGUGGCGACCGUGAAUUCGUUGACGCAGAGGCUAGCGGGUCUUGGUUUUGGCGAACGUAAAGGUGAUAAUCACAAGAGAAACUUUAGUCUCACUAUGCGAGGUGGAGGCACUGGUGCGGCGGCGGCGGCAACGACGGCCAACAACAGCACGACGACAGUCGUGCAAAACAAUGGUGGCGAUAAGACGAGCACUGGAAACUCGACGAAUACGACGAGUAGUAGUCUGAACAACAGUGUCGGUGGGGGUUUAGUAGGUGGAAUGGGGAAUAAAAAGGUUAGUUCCGUGAUGGACGAUCCCAUGAGGUUGAUAGGGACCGCCUGGUGUCCCAGGUUCGACGAGUGCCCGGUUCUCGAGCCGCUGGUGUGUAAGAAGCUGGCGCACGAGAGGCUGACUGAAUUAGUGUUUAGGGAAGAUUGCUUCGUGACGGCGUGUCAGGACGGAUACGUGUACACGUGGGCAAGACCCGGCCACAUGGUAGGUCCUCUCACGAUAAGCAGCACCCUGCACAGGCCAUCACACCAUCAUAGCAACAACCCUUACACUAGUAAUAUCAAUUCCAUGCGAUGUAACGACCUCUGAUGUAACCCGUUAUCUCCAAAUCGUUAUUUAGCAAAUCCAUCAAGUAGAGUCUGUUAGUCUGAAAAUCCGAAUCCUGUGUACAUACAUAUACAUAGAGUUAGAAUUUAGAAUGAUGUUAUCGUGACGAAAGUGGCACGGGAAAAUCUUGUAAUGCUUUGGGAUAGUCUUCCUAUCGCCUGUCGUGGUGGCGGGAGGAAGUCUUGAAGACGAAUGAUAGUUUUUGCUCGGAAGUAUUAGAACAAAAUACACAUUGACGAAUUCGAUAUUACCUUGCCGGAUGUUUGAUACGACGGUCGCGUCGCUGUUAUUUAAGUUUUAUAUGCUACGAUCAGUAUAUUUAAUCUUAGAGAGAGA